GCGAUGUGUUGCUCAAUGCACUUUCAUCCCGACAAACGUAGCAAUAUGAGGUGGGCGCUCUGUUUGGUAGCCGUUUGUGCGAUUGGAUCGUUGGGGGAGGCGCGCGAUAUCCGACAGGACAUUCCCGUUGAAGUUCCGGAAAUUGGAAAUUAUGCUACCGCCUGCUCAGUUCGUACGACGGGCGAUAUGCCUCGUCCACAACCGCUGGUCCUGAUCCCCGGUACCGAUCAGUUCCGCUAUCCGAGCACAAACAAUGGUCUGCUGCAGCUGAAUGCCGGCGAAACGUUGGAGCUUGCCUGCCAGAAUGGGUUCGCCCUGUUCCCGGGCAAAACUUCCAUCAUCAUCACCUGCGUGAUCAAUGAUCAGUUUAACUACGACAGUCGGAUGAUCGCGUUCCGUGACUUUGCCUGCACGGAGAACUGGUUGAGCAGUGCGCGUCGUACCGCGCAACGAUGCUUCAACGGUGCUACGAUAGUGGAGAUCGGAUUUAAUGUAGGUCCUCGGUUCCCGAAAAUCUUGGAUGUGUGCCACGAUGAGGUGACGUUCGACAAUCACUACGUCGUGCACGAGUUUACGCCGGCCAACGAUGGAUUCCAGCAAGGCGUACCCCGGCCAGGCUGGUAUCAGGGUGACUUCUACCCCGGCGUUAACAUUAACGGACUCUACACGGUCAACACACAGCGAGCGACGCUUGCGACCAUCCUCGGCUCACAGUCACGAGCGAACGAGCUGGUGCAGGGAACGGACAACGGUAUCUUCAUGGCACGUGGUCACAUUGCGGCCCGAGCGGACUUUAUCUACGGAACGCAACAGAACGCUACCUUCUGGUUCCUGAAUGCUGCCCCACAGUGGCAGAACUUCAAUGCCGGUAACUGGGAGCGUAUCGAGUCGUCGGUCAAAUCGUUCGUCGCCAUGCGCAAUAUCCGUGUACGCGUGUACGGAGGAACUUGGGGUGUCCAGACGCAAGCUAACGGCAAUGGAGAUCACCAACAGAUCUUCCUGGACUUUGAUGCAAACGGACGCCGGCGGGUACGUGCACCGAUGGUGUACUACAAGAUCCUGCACAACGAAGCCCAAAACUCGGGCAUCGUGCUGAUCGGUGUGAACAAUGUCCACAUCUCGCUGGAGGAGAUCCGCCGGGACUACAUCUUCUGUACGGACGUCAGCAGUCGCAUCGGGUGGAUUAACUGGGAGCGGGAAAACCUUGCGCUCGGAUAUUCGUACGCAUGUGAGGUUAAUGAGUUUAAUCGCGUGACUGGCCAUCUGCCACAGCUUAACGUAGCCAGUCUGCUCAUAUAGAGUGCGCGUGUGGGGGGAGGGGGGGAGGGCUAGUUUGAUUUCUUUUAUCGCUUCAAUUCAUGCUGAAUGAAUUACAAUCCAUGUGCCGUUAAUGGCGUAAAAUAUACCUACAAAAGCUUCGAUUAA